AAAGUCUAGAGCCGGCGGGGGCCUGACAAAACAGACGAACAACUGGUUUUAGCCAAAAGAUCACCCCUCCUCCCCUGCUCAGCUCAGCAAACAUUGAUCCAAUGCUUUUUAUGUCUUGAAUGUUUCAAUUGUAAGGAAAUAACCAAAUUUAUAGGCAAACAGAAAAUAUUGUCUCGUCAGUUCAACAACAUGAGCCGGCAACUAAAGCUCAAUGUGCAAGUCGAGGAUCCGUCGUCGUUGUCCCCGUCGCAGUGGGAGGAGGAGUUCCACUCAGAACUAGUCGAGAUCAACCUUAAUCCCAACUGCGGCCAGGCCAAGCAGCAGUCGGCCCAAGCCCUGGACAAACUGCUCCUGGCGGCCACCACGCCCCCACAUCGCGGCUAUCCCUAUGGUUAUGCGGACAUUGAUCCCGGAACGGAUUCCUACUUCUUCAAGAAGUCCAACUCCACGGGUCAGCUGGCCGAGAAGGUCUCACCGCCGGCGCCCGCCGCCACCAACAUCAGUUGCCUGCGGCAGAUGUACUGCCCGGAGUGCCACGAGCGGUUGCACGAGCAGGGGGUGCGUCUGGAGCGACAGCAGACCAAGUGCUGCUUUGCCCUGCUGCCCAUCUAUCCCUGUUGCAUGCGACGCUCCAACAACGACUGCAAGGUCAUCUGUCGCAAUUGCGGCUAUCUCUUGGGUGACUGGAAGCAGCAAUGAUGAUGGCUGGUCGAUGGGAAGUGGAGAUGGGGAAGCACUCUUUGUUUUUCGUUUGUCUUAUUUAGUUUUUAAGUAAUUUUGUUGACCUUGGAACGAGAGUAGAUGAUACAUUAAAAAAAAAACGAGGGGGAACGUUGUG